AUGUGCUUUUUCCUCUCCGCUUGUCUGAAUGUGUUGCAGGGCUCCCAGUACGAGUUGAAAGAUAAUCCGGGUGUCCACCCUGCUACCUUUGCUGCCCACACUGCCCCCGGCUAUUAUCCCUACGGACAGUUCCAGUAUGGGGACCCGGGGCGGCCUAAAAACGCCACCCGGGAGAGCACCAGCACCCUCAAAGCCUGGCUCAACGAGCACCGUAAGAACCCCUACCCCACCAAGGGCGAGAAGAUCAUGCUGGCCAUCAUCACCAAGAUGACUCUCACCCAGGUCUCCACCUGGUUUGCCAACGCCCGCCGGCGGCUCAAGAAGGAGAACAAGGUGACCUGGGGCUCCAGGAGUAAAGACCAAGAAGAUGCAAACCUCUUCGGGAGUGACAAUGAGGGGGACCCCGAGAAGAAUGAAGACGAUGAGGAAAUCGACCUGGAGAGCAUAGACAUAGACAAAAUUGAUGAGAACGAUGGGGAGCAGAGCAAUGAGGAAGAGGAGGAGAAGCCUGAGCUCCUGAGACAAAGCAGUGAAGAGGAGCAUUUGGAGAAGGAGAAGGAUUUGGCACUGUCAGGGUCUGAAGGCCUGAAGCCCAAAGAUGCGCUGGCCAUGGUGAAGGAGACCUCUGACAACAGCACGCGAAUCAUCAGCCCUGGGGGACAGAACAAUUUACAGAUGCCAUCUCACAGCAAACCCAAGAUUUGGUCUUUGGCAGAGACAGCAACCAGUCCCGAUGGCGCCCUGAAAUCUUCUCCCCCUCCGCCCCCUCCUCCCCAGGUUAACCAUACUUCUCCACAGAUCCAGCACCCCGCUUUUCUCCCUAGCCAUGGACUCUACACAUGCCAGAUUGGCAAAUUUCACAACUGGACAAAUGGGGCUUUCCUCACUCAGAGUUCCCUGCUAAACGUGAGGUCCUUUUUGGGAGUAAAUCACCACCACGCUGCUCAUCACAAUCACCACCUCCAGGCCCAGCAACAACCUUCUGUUUUAACAGCAACCCUGGGAGCUCUAAGUAGCGAAAAACCUUCAGAGAGGACCAGUCCCAAACACAUAGAAAGAGAAAAUGUACCAAGAACUGAAUCCCCACCUCAGCCGUUAAAAUCUCCCUUCCAGCCUGUCCGUGACAACUCUUUGGCUCAGCAAGAGGGAACACCGAGAAUUUUAACAGCUCUCCCUUCCGCUUGA